GUUUCCUCUUCCCCACUGCGCCGGCUUGGUCAUGACACUUUGUACGGGUCAUUUAUGCAAUAACCGCCCCUCUACGCACAGGCCGCUCCCCUGGGGAGUUUAGCCUCCCUAUAACCUCUCCGCUUGGCACUCAGGACACAUCAGAGAUCACACUUUGCUCAGAGACUCACAGUGAGCAGACUUCACCACCAUGGCAAGAGUCUGGAUGAUGAUGAUGAUGUUGAAGACGACACUUUUCAAUAGUUUAUUCAUGUCCAGUCUAACUUUUGACAUCCAGUUGGUAAAAGUGAACCCUAAACAAGCCAUCUUCGGUGUAACUGAGAUUUCCUUUGGGAAGGAAUAUGCCUUAAAUGCAUCGGCAGCCAGAGAUCUUUGCGAGCAUCUUGGUUUGACUAUUGCAAGCAAGGCACAGGUGACAGAGGCACAGAAACAUGGUCUGGAGACAUGCAGGUUCGGGUGGAUAGACGAGCAAAUAGUUGUUGUUCCCCGAGUUCAGGUUAAAGCGAACUGUGGCAGUGGCAAGACUGGGAUUGUCGUGUGGCGUGCAAAUCCCAGUAAAGAAUUUGAUGUGUUUUGCUUCAAUUCAACAGAUUUCGAGGCACAAAACCAGGCUGCCGCAACCAGAACAACGAGAAAGCCAAUCACAACACAUUCGUCAGUUUUUCCCACUGCUCAAUCGGGAGUUCACCUGAGGAAACCCCCAUCGUCUCCACUCAGUUCCGUUUCUUCCUCGGUUCCUUCUUCACUCUCUCACGGUUCCUCCGUUAACCACAUGGAUGAUGAAGGGAAACAUCUGCCCAUGAGCGGCACCGCAAUAGAUGCUGUUCCAGCUGCCUUACUGAUCACAGUCACAUUUGCAGUCAUGCUUUCUGUAUUUCUAGCACUUUACUAUUUCAAAACGAACAGACCCUGCAGGACGCGGGGUGACGGCGAGCAGCAGGAGGAGUACAUUGAGACGGAGGUUUGGGAGCACUGUAGUAAGAAAGACCUGCAGACACCACAGGAGGAGCAUGUGGAGGAGAACGAGGAAGAAAACAACAGCAGCGCUUCUACAGACCAACACUGACAUUUCUGCCUGUGUAUUUAUCAGGACAUCAUGUGAUGUCUGUCUGAGACUGAAGUGUCUGUGUGUGUCAUGAUGUUGUUUUGUAAUGAAGUACAAAAUGGACUCUGGACAUUUAAUUCAAAUGGAUUGUUCUAAAAGUUAUUCAAAGUGUUACUUUGCUUGAGAUAUGUAUAUACACUACAACAGUUUGAAAUAAUUAUGAUUUUUUAAUGUCUUUGAAAGAAGUCUAUUAUUCUCAUCAAGGCUUUAUUUGAUAAAAAAUACAGUAAAAACAUCAA